UGGUCAAAAAGAAACUUUAAAAGCACAUCAUAAAAGUCUAUAUGAUAGGGUUUCAUAGGCCUAUUUAUUAUCAUAUAAGUGUUACCGAAAGCAUUUGUACAGUGCUUAAGUGAAUUUAUUUGUUUUUGAGGGGUUUUCGUGGCUUCCAGGUUGAAUGUUUCCGGAGCAUGGCAAAUGCCUCAGGGUGGUAUUGAGGAUGGGGAGGAGCCUGAGUCUGCAGCCCUUAGGGAAUUGAAAGAAGAAACUGGUGUAGUAUCAGCUGAGAUUAUUGCUGAGGGGCACUGGCAUUUUACUGCUAUUUACUUUAGUGUUUGUGAUUCCUUCAAAUUUAUCAAACUCCCCUAAGUUAUGUGAUACAAGCAUUUGAUGGAUC